AUGAGAAUCGUCCAGGCGAACAUCAACCACGCCCGUCGGGCCCAGGACUUGAUCCUGCAGGCCAUGGCGGAGCGUGGUGCGGGCCUGGCGAUAAUCGCAGAGCCCUGGAAAAUCCCGGAUCGUCACCCAUGCUGGGCGACGAAUGCGGAACGAUCGGCAGCUAUCCACUGGCGACGCACGAAGGAACAACAGGUGCCCUGUUGCAAGAAAGGAGAGGGGCCAGGCUGGGUUAUGGUGGAAUGGGGCCCCCUAUUGGUAAUAGGGGUUUACCUUAGACCCAGCCUGUCCCGCGCCGAACUGGAGGAGCGGCUCGACGACCUAGAGGCGCAGGUCAAUGCGUCUCUGCCGAGGCCAAUACUGGUCGCCGGGGACUUCAACGCCAAAUCGGCGUUGUGGGGUUCCCGGCGGCCGGAUUGCAAAGGGGGAGUCGGUGAUAGACAUCACCUGGAUUUCCCCUGCGGCGGAGAGGAUCAUUACGGCAUGGAGAGUGGCCGAGGAGGUGGAUAUCCUCUCGGAUCACCUCAUGUUGGAAAUGGAGGUCCAACUAACUCCAACACGAAGGGACGAGCGGGGCGACUCAGGAGGCCGCUCAGAUGGGCGACCAAGAAGAUCGACCCUGACAAGCUGCAGGCGUCCCUGGCAGCGGAGCUGUGGAUCCCGAGGAAGCAGCUGAUGCAUGAGGGGGACAUAGAGGAGGAGACCAGGUGGCUCAGGCAGGCCCUGACACGUGCCUGCGACCAGGCUAUGCCGAGAGCAGCCUACUCUGCCCGUAGAGCCACAUAUUGGUGGACACAGGAAAUCGGGGACCUCC